CGGCCCCUCACUUCCGGCCCUGGCGCUGCGGCGGACGGUGUGGCAGCGCCGCUCGGCCCGCUCCGCUCCGCGCCUGCUCGCUCCGUCGCCGCCCGCCGCCCCCCGCCCCAUGCAGCGCCGCGACGACCCCGCCGCCCGCCUGGGCCGGGGGCCGGGCCCCGGCGGCGCUCGGCAAGGGGCACCCCCACUGCGGCGGCCGCCCCGUGGCGGGGGGGGCCGCGGGGCCGCCACCGGGGCGCAGCCGCCUCCGCUCUUGCCGCCCAGCGCCACGGCAGCCGCCUCGGCCGCUCAGGCCCCCGCCGCCGCCCCCACCCCGCUGCUGCCCGGGGCCUCUGUCAAGAUGGAGCCGGAGAACAAGUACCUGCCCGAGCUGAUGGCCGAGAAGGACAGCCUCGACCCGUCCUUCACGCACGCCAUGCAGCUUCUCACAGCAGAAAUUGAAAAAAUGCAGAAGGGUGAAACAACAAAGAAGGAUGAGGAAGAGAACUACCUGGAUUUAUUUUCCCACAAGAAUAUGAAACUGAAAGAACGAGUUCUGAUACCUGUCAAACAGUACCCCAAGUUCAACUUUGUUGGAAAGAUUUUGGGACCUCAAGGCAACACCAUCAAGAGACUUCAGGAAGAAACUGGUGCUAAGAUAUCUGUGCUUGGGAAGGGUUCAAUGCGAGAUAAAGCAAAGGAGGAAGAACUGCGUAAAGGGGGAGAUCCUAAAUAUGCUCAUCUAAAUAUGGAUUUGCAUGUCUUCAUUGAAGUUUUUGGACCCCCCUGCGAAGCAUACGCUCUAAUGGCUCACGCCAUGGAAGAAGUCAAGAAGUUCCUGGUUCCAGAUAUGAUGGAUGAUAUCUGUCAGGAGCAAUUCUUGGAGCUCUCCUAUCUGAACGGUGUACCAGAGCCAACUCGCGGCCGAGGAGUCCCCGUGCGAGGAAGGGGAGCUGCUCCACCGCCGCCUCCACCUGUUCCAAGGGGGCGUGGUGUCGGUCCUCCCCCUCCUCCUCCUCGGGGGGCCCUUGUGCGAGGAGCCCCAGUGCGGGGUGCCAUUGCCAGGGGAGCUGCCGUAGCCCGCGGAGUUCCUCCUCCCCCAGCAGUACGGGGUGCGCCUGCACCCAGAGCACGUGCCACUGGCAUCCAGAGAAUACCGCUUCCUCCUCCUCCCGCACCAGAAACCUACGAGGAAUAUGGCUAUGAUGAUGCAUAUGCAGACCAGAGCUAUGAGGGGUAUGAAGGCUACUACAGCCAGGGCCAAGGGAACACAGAAUACUAUGAUUAUGGACACGGGGAGGCACAGGAAACCUAUGAAGCUUAUGGGCAAGAUGACUGGAAUGGAACCAGGCCCUCCCUGAAGGCCCCGCCGGCCAGGCCAGUGAAGGGGGCCUACAGAGAGCACCCAUACGGACGUUAUUAAAAAACAAACAUGAGGGAAAAAUAUCAGUUAUGAGCAAACAGUUGUUACUGAUUCUUGUAUCUCCCAGGAUUCCCGUUGCUUUACCCACACCAGACAAGUAAUUGUCUAACUGUUUUUCUUCGUGGCCCUUUUUCUCCCACUCCAUCCUCACCCUGCAUUCUGGCUUCUGUACGUAGUAUCUUAAAAUGAGUUAAAUAGAUUUAGAGGACCGACUUUUAAUUUUUUUUUUCUAAGUGUGUAGAUGGCUUUUUCUUUCUUUGUUGUUUAGAUAAACACAACUGUACCUUUUUUAAUAAAAAAAAAGUUGAGUUAAAAAUGUUAGUUUCAAAAGUGACAUGCUUUGCUUAGCAGUUAUGAAAUUAAGGUUUUGUUAACCUAUUAAGUUUGGUUUUAAGGAACCCAUAAAAGUUGUAGUUGCAGAAUCCCAAAGUAGGCUACAUUUCAAAAUUCAGGGCUGUUUUUAAGAAUUUAAAAUCAUAAUGUAACGGUAGUAGCUGCCACCGUUUAAAAGUAACCUCAGAUGUCAAACUUUCCUUAAAAGCAGAUUGCUGGUGAAUCUUAAAUUUAUAUUUUAAUACAAAGGAUCCUCAAACAAAUUAAAUAGCAUUUUUUAAAGGUAAUUGACUUAAAAGGAAAAAAAAAAUUAGGUUUGUAAAAUUGACUUUUCUUAUGUGGGUUUUGAAAUCUAGCCCCGAACAUGCGGUGUUGAGAGAUGCUUGGGAAGCAGAUGUUUCAGUGUAAAGGGGUUCUUAGUUUGAUUCUAUAUGAAGAACUUUUAAGGGAAAAACAAAUUAAAGCAUGGCUCUAAUUGCCCAGUGUUUGAUAUUAGAAAACAGAGUAUUACGUGAGUAGGUCUGAACUCUGUAAAAUUACAGUCUUCUCAUUUUUAUAGUGCUUGGGGCAGAUAACACAGUGCAAGUUUAAAACUGACAAAAAAAAAUUGUCAUUAUUAGCAAUCCCAUUGACUUGUUCAAGUGUAUCUCAACACUAGCUUUGCAUAAAAAGGGACACUGCAGCUGAAAAAGAGGAAAAAUUUCACGUUGUACAUAGGAUAAAGUCCUAAUUGGAUUUGUACACUGUCCUCCCACUCUGUUCUUGAAGAUUAAAUGCUACAUGUGUAAGUCUGCCUAAAUAGGUAGCUAAAACUUGUCAAAAUGUCUGCCGCAGUUUGUCAAUAAAGUUUAGUCCUUUUUUAAUCCAAGUAAAUGUGAUGAAUUGUCAUUUUGUUUGUUGAGCAAUAAAAUAGCAAUUUUUUUUCAAAUAAAUUUAAAUUAAUGCUAAAGCUAAUUGUCUUUUUAAAACAUGGAGACAUUCUAAAAAUGGUGGUUUUUGUAAUUCUCACAAAAAGUUUAUCAAGGUCAUUGGAUGAGCUUAAUUUAAAAAAAAAAAAAAAAAAAAAAGGCAAGCAAAAUUGUUUUUCACCCCCUGGAAGUUGUUGAAAGCAGUUUGAUCCUGGACUGUGGCAGAAAUCUGACUUCAGUCUGCUGGAAAGUGUUUAUGGUUCUUUGCUGAAUUACUGAUUCAGAUUUCAGGUGGCCUCGCAGUGUACGCCAGGCUGCAGACUCCAGAUUGAGUCUGAAAUGGCUGGUUUAAACGUAGCGUGACAAAAUGAAUGCUGAAAAAAAUCCCCGGCUUAGCUGCCACCAGGAGGAGAAGGAAGCUUGCUUUCUGCUUUAUGUAAACACCCCUAACCCCCUUGGCUGAGAUGAUGCCCUUCCUACUUUACGGUGGCCUUUACUUGGAAAGCCGCUUUAAAAACGUAUCUUUGUUUGAGAAGGAUGCUGCAGUUGUUCCUCAUAUCCUUCUGAGAGGGUGUGUAUGUCUAGAUAUAUAAUAUAAUAGUUUAAAGUAAACUGCUUCUUAGAGAGACAUGAAAAAUGGUUUGUAUUUCCCUUCUGCCAGGUGAAUCUGGCGUUCUAGGGGGAGAGAAUUAAACUGCUCGGGGGUGAAAAAUAGAGCAUUAGGAGCCAAACUGCUCGUAGCAGUGCAUGAUUGAGGGGAAUACUUUUAAAACAAAAAGUUGUAUUUGUAGAUUGUUAUUAAAGUGUAAAUAACUGAAUUUUCAACAAUGGUUUGGAGUCAGCUUUCAGGGCAUAAUGUCUUGCUUGAUGAAAAGAUCACCCUAUUGCCCCCCUUUUAAAGGAAAAUUAUCGCAGGAGAAUCAGGAUGUGUAAAGCUAACAUGCAUCGCAAAACCCAAAAGGUAACCUAAAUGUCUGAUUUUAAUAGCACAUUUCUCUUUUACAUAAACUGUGACGGCAACUUGCAUAAACUUUAUUGAAACAAUUCUUCAGAUGUUAAGUUUAAUGUAAAAAUUUGCAAAAAAUGUUUAAAAUAAACAUUUAAAAAAAAACAUGCUUCUGCAUAAAUUAGCAAUAACUUUAAUAAUGUGCCCUUUGAAAAUGCACUGUAAUGUAAUGUGGGCAAAAAGGAAUCGGCGAGCUUAAAUAUCAAAAGAUGUAAAAUGACAACGAAUAUAGAUAGUCCUGCUACUGCCAAAAAAAAAUUCUGCUCAGUUAUUUAAAAAUGUAAAAUGAUGGCCCUUUUUAGACCCCAGUAUUGAUAUUUACUGUGAAAUAUUCAAAGCUCAGCUUAAGUUGCAUGUUUUCCUUCCUGUGUAAUUGCAUGCAGGAAUCUUUUUUUUCUUUUUUUUUUUUUUUUUCUUUUGAUUUGUGCUUGCAUUAAGGAGACUCACAAAUGUCUUCAAUUUGCAGGAGUCAAGAGUACAUCGCUAUGAAUCACUUGGGUGAAGAUGAGCAGGGGCAACACGAAGUGGGUGAGUUUGUUUAUUUUUGCAACCCCUUGCAAGCUGCUAACAUGUUCUGUGUGGGAAGUGAAGGGCGGCACCAUCUGAGCUGCUAAAUUGAAGCCAUUCUUUAUAGACGCACAAAUAAAUUACUCUUGCGAAAGGCAAGUUGCACGACUGACGCUCUUGCAGAGGUCGCGGUGUGGAGGAGGCUUCAGUAUGUACCUGUGUAGAGCUCUCCCACCGAGAGCCCACGGAGAAGGAGGUUUUAAGUGGAUUUGAGGAGGAAAAUGUAGUAAGAUGUGUUUCUUGCAGCUGAUUCCCAUUUGGGGUGCUGACCUUCAUGAGAGUGCUCUCAGCAUCAGAGUAGCGUCGAAGUUGUUACCCAGCGCUCCAGAAACGGAGCAGCUCAAGGAAUGGCUCAAUAAGAAUUCCUCUAUGAGUCCAUAAUGCAUUAAAAUCAUACACCACAGAUUUUUAGACCAGAUGCUGCCCAGCUAGACCUUGCUAGUUCUAACCUUUCCACACCCCCAUCGACGGGCUCUGAAAUGUGAUCUGGCCACUGGCUGGUCUUUUAUGGCUUUUUGUCUGAUGUUGUGGCCUGACGUGGCUCCAUCUGUGGUCGCGCCAUCCUGGCUGGAACACAUUUAGCUCAAAGCCCCGCAGGGCUGCGUGCCUGGUGUCAGCGAGUGAACGCCCUGAGCCCUCGGGAGGGGUGAUGGACCCCCGGCACCUUUGGGUGCAGGUCAGCACCCAUGGCAAGUGAACGCCCUGAGCCCUCGGGAGGGGUGAUGGACCCCCAGCAGGGGUGAUGGACCCCUGGCACCUAUGGGUGCUGAUCAGCACCCACAGCAGCGGGGCUCCCUCUGGCGGCUGCUGUGGCCCCACUGGUGGCUGGUUCUCCAAUCAAUACCUUAAAAAACGCACACCAGUGCUUGCAAACCGAGUGGUACCUUGGUUGAGGAGAUUAUCACGCAUCGGUGGAGUGACCUGCUUACACAGCAAGGACACAUCUCCCUCCAGGCCCAAAGGCAGCAGCCAUAAGCGUUUCCUUUGGGGACAGCUAAUCACUUUCUCUCGAAUCUGGAGAUCACUGAAAGUCUGAGCUCCAUAAAUAAAAAAACAAAGAAAUAAACCCUUGCAAUGCUGAAGAAGUCUAAUGGCUUCAAAAGACAGCCAUGAAAGGCCCUGGGCGUAGGACAUAGAAGGACAUAAGUCUUGUUUUAUUUGGAAUUGUAAAGCUACCAAACGAGCUUCUCUUAUCUUAGGAGUAUGAGGAACGAGAAAGUGCUAAUAUGUGGAAAUGCCACAAGAGCGUGAGAUUAGCCUCGGUUCUUUGACUAUAACUUGAAAAUUGGAUCCGUAGUUUUCUGCUAGGGGAACUCAUAGCGUGUCUGGAUUUGUGGCCUGUUUAUUGAAUGCAUCUUCAUUUACAAUGUAAUUGGAACAUCAAUUUAUAUGGUGUUAUACCAAUCUUUCCCAUUUCUUUCUUAAUAGGCACAGCUUUUAUAUCAAGUGGAAAAGAUUUGAUAGAGAUCAUCUAUUAUGAUGCAGGUUUUUACCAGUAGAAGCGGAUCUUAUGACACUGCCUUUGGAGUAAUACAGCUUGCUUGUGCGUUGCAUUUGUUGCAUGGUUAUGUGAAAGAUUUUAAUGUUAUGGAGGAAUGUAAAUCUUAAUAUAUUGAAAUAACUGUAUAUGCUAAAAGUAUUUUGAAAACAUGCCCUGCAUCAAACAUCUUCCUCCCUCUCAUAGCGUUAGUAUAUUCAGAUUUUAGCCUAGAGUGUUGCAAAAGCUAAUUUGAGAUCCCAAAAUAGCCAUCAGCGUCAGAUACGUCUCUCAAAGAUGCUCUAAUUAGCCAGACGUUCCAGGGGUGACACAGGGCUCGCUGAAAUUUGUGAGGGGUAGAGAUUCCUUUGAGUACUUGAAGUCUGAGUCACCUAAAUAACCUUCCCUUUUCUGCUGACACGUAGCCACUGGAGGUAGUAUUCUGCUGGCUGUGCGCUCGCAAGCGCCACUGACCUUUCAUCUCCUGAUUUCCCCCAAAGGGCUAACCCACAUUAUCUUAUUUGUAGGAUUUUGGUAAAGAACAUAUUGUCCUGCACAGUGUGAUGUACAGCAGCAGUCACGUCUCCUCUGUGGAAGUGUUUCCCCAACAAUACCGUUUCUCCCAAGAGAAGCCUGGCUCUAGAAACAUCCUCCUGCUGCAGAGCGCUCCGUGCCUCAGCAGCCCCAUUGCUCCGGCCCUUGCUCCGAGUGGCCGCAGCUGCUUCAGCCUCUGGUCCAGCCCUUUGCUAUAAAUAUUCAGGCUGACCCUGCUUGGAGCUGGUACAGACCUGGACUUUACACCUCCUCGGUGAGGUCUCGCCAUGCGUAGCGGUCCGUAGUAGCUUGGACAGCAACAGGAGUGUGAAACGGAGCUUGUAGGAAAAAUGCUCCAGCUGGUAUUGCAGAGAUGUCCCCAGCAGCUUUUCCUGGCAGGAGACUGUCCUACCCUGCCCAUUCCUCACCCCUGGUUUCAAGUUGCUGUUCAGAUUAUUAAACCAAGCAAGUAGCUACAAGCUUUACAACUUAACCUAUGGUGUUUUUAUGUUUCAUUUCAAACACUUCCAGUAAGACUAAAACGUUACCUUGAUGUGACCCUCUGUAAAAUGCCGUAUUUGGGAAGUUGUUUAAGUGCACAGCUGGAUUCCCCAUUCGGCUGUUACAGCAGAUGAUUCUUUUUGUACAGAAUGAGUUUUUAAAUUUGUAUGAGAGCAUCUAUCACGAACAGAGCCAAGAGAAACAGUUUAAACGUAUGCGUCUUCCCUUGCUGCUGCUCUCCUAAAGAACGCUGGGGCUGGGGGGGGUCCUGCAGUCUCCGAUAGACCCUCCAAGCGAUCCCAGCGGAGAGGAGACCAGCUGUGCCCUGUCUGCUGGGAGACGCAGGGGAAAAGAGACACUGCCGCUCGCACGGCUCCUGGCUGGGCUGCGAGGAGCAAGUACAUGUGGUGCUUUUGGGGAGGAAGGCAGGGCUGGGGGAAAUUCUUCUUUCGUUGAUAAACCUAUAGCGUCUCGGAUGAGAUGUUGGACACGUGCCCCAUUUGUAAGCUUUGAGGGGGAGGAAUUCCUGCAGGUUAGUCAGGGCCCGUGGGAAUUCCCGUCUCGAAUGUGGAUGUUCCUCCUCUUUCUCGACUUGGGAAGCUCCGUUCCUGUGAGCACAGAACAGAAACCUUGGCUCUUGCUGCUCAGUCGAGCCUUCCAUCGUUACCAUAUGUUUUAAUAGAAAUGUUUGUUUCCACACUCGUUUUGCUCCUUUUGCAAAGCGGGAUGAAUCUCCAACGAGCUGAUAAAGGAACCUGGUGAAGAUGCCGUUGGCUUUGCUGUGGAUGGGCGGGAGGAACCUGCCAGCUCCGGCUGAGCGUUGGAACACCGGAGCCUCGCUGGAGAGCAGUAACUCUUGUGAAAUAGAAAGUUUUCUGAUGAAGCUAUUACUUUUACUAUUGGUUUUAGGCCGAAAUGCAACCAAAGGCUUCUACAUGGUGUUCCACAAACCUGUUUUUAACUUGACAUCACUACAUCCCACCUGUUACCUCUGUUGUUAUUGCUGGAAGACUGUUAAAGCCGCAGGUGCCCGGAUGCUCCUGGGUUUUGACGGCUCCUGCCCGACGUAGGAAAUGGAAAGAUCAGCCCUGUGAAGGUUCAUCCAUUUCGGAGACAGCUUUGCCUCCAGCCCAGGCAGGUUGGAUCUGGGAUUGUGUAACGCGCCAUCCGUACCGACACCCACGAGCGGAGGGGAUGGAGGAAGGAUGCUGCGGGGAAAACGUAUCAAGGUGAAUCACGGCGUUAAAAUAACUUGUCUAGGAAAACUGGCAAGCCCUUCUGCAGCUGGUAUUUAGCGAGAAGCAUCCGACAGAUGUUGAAAGUGAUUAGUCAUUCCCUGUAAUAAAGGCCUGGCAUUGAA